GUCCGUCCUGCGCGCGCCCUUCGCUCCGUAUUGAUCACCCCCUUCUUGUAUGACUCAGUGGAAACUUCUAUCCGAAAAACAGUUCGUCGGAAAAUCGAGGAAACCGCUAUUUUCCUCUUUUCACCACUUCGGUUGAAUAUCGGAUACAGUGCAUUGGUGAUCAAUCGAGAAUGGCCGAGGAAGGCCCCCAAAUCAAGCCUGUACAAAGCGCGUAUACAAGCAUAAUUGGAUUAUGCUUGGGAGGAUUGGUGUUCGGCAUCCUCAUGCUGGCGGUGACAUGGUACUGUUACAGAAAACGAACGCAAAAUUCCCACAAACGCCACGGCUCCGAACAGCCGCUGGCUUUCCACACUCACCGGAGACCGACGGCUGUCAAGAGCCCAGCCGGCGCUGCAGGAGGAACGCACUAUUUGAAGAAGAGCCCCAGUCCAACUGGUCCCUCCAAGACACCGCCUGGAAUGUCUACUCCUCAUACUCCCAGUCCGACGGGUAGCGCUGUCGGACCGCUGGAGAGCGGGGUGAUUAACAAUCCCCAUCAUUUGGAGCCCAAACCCAUGCAGGAACCAAUAACCAAAUCCGAAAUACCUGUGACCUACAACACCGAAAACGAGAAGAGCGCUCCCCCGACCAAAGAAGAAGUCGAAACCAACGAAAAAAAUUUGCAGCAGAACGUUGCUUACUUGGGCCAGUUGGUUUUCAAGUUAAGAUACAAAACCGAUAAAAACGCGUUGAUAGUCUCGGUGGUGAGAUGCCGAGAUUUACCGGCGAAAGAUAGCAGCGUGGGCUCGAGUGAUCCUUACGUUAAGUUACAGCUCCUGCCGGAUAAGCAACAUAAAGUGAAAACCCGCGUGCUUCGGAACACGAGAAAUCCCGUUUACGAUGAAGAUUUCACAUUUUACGGCAUUGGCUUUAAUCAGCUGCAGAACAUUACGCUACACUUCGUGAUUCUGAGCUUCGACAGAUACAGCAGGGACGAUAUAAUUGGAGAGGCUUUCUGCGCUUUGAACUCGAUCGAUAUUGCGCAAAUAGAAACGCAGCAAAUGGCAGUUUGCAGGGAAAUCCAACCGAGAAGCUUGAAGAUACGUUCUCAAGGCAGAGGUGAGAUUUUAGUUUCCUUAUGUUGGCAACCGGCGGCUGGUAGACUGACUGUGGUGAUCCUGAAAGCUCGAAACCUUCCUAAAAUGGACGUUACAGGACUGGCCGAUCCUUACGUGAAGAUAUAUCUACUACACAACGGUCAACGAAUUGCAAAGAAGAAGACGCACGUCAAGAAGAGAACUUUAGGACCAGUAUUCAACGAAAGCUUCGUGUUUGAUAUACCUCAAGUAGGAGAAGGACUCGAAGGUGUUAGUCUAGAAUUCUUGCUGUUGGACUGGGACAGGGUGACCAAAAAUGAGGUGAUAGGCAGGUUGGAUUUGGGAGGAGCAAAGUGCACCGGAUCCGCUUUGCACCAUUGGAACGAAGUCUGUAACUCACCACGUAGGCAAAUAGCAGAAUGGCACAAAUUAAGGGAAUAAACGUUCCCUUCAUUUUAAUAAUAAGCAACCCUUAAUUGACGAUGUACUUUUAACUUUACUCAUACUCGAACUAUUCAAAUUCAAAUCAACUUUGACUACAUGUACUUAUUUAUGCGCACUAUUAAAUAGUUUCCAGACAUCUUUCACAAAUUCAUAUGCAUGUAUAUGACGUAUUAUUUUCUAUCCAAGACUGUUCAUUAUCAAUAUCAACGAUUAAGGAAUUGAUGAGAAUAUUAAAAAAAAGGUUGAUUUGGAUUUUUAAUUUAGAAGGAUAUAUUUAGAACAACGCGGUUCAGACGCGAUCACACAUUUUUGGUCCAUAAGCUCUCUAAAUUAAACAAACGCUCCGUUUGUUUCAUAUGCAUAUAUGUUUUCUGGAUGUAAACACUACUAAAUGUACAUUAAAAGUAUUUAAGGGAUAGGCGUUAGUUAAAAUCACUGAAAGUGAAAUGCUAUGAAUGUAAAUAAUUAUAGUUUGUUACAUUAAAAUUAUUCCUUUAUUCCGAAAGUAUUUGCGGAGGAGAUGAAGAGUGAUUCUUAGAAAUAACAUUUUUGAUCUAAACAAAUUUGAUAAUUCCUUGGGAAAUGUUACUUAAUUGGAUUAAUUACAUAACAAUACGGUUUAGACUAAAAAUGGUUUCACAAUGUGGUAACUUUAAGCUAUUUUCUGGAAAUAUACGUACGAUUAGCUCGGUAAGGGGCUCUUUUAUAAGAAAGAUUAUGAAAUUUGCUUUCAUUAUUAUAAGCAUUUAUUUAAAAACUCUUAACAAUUGUAUUCUCUAUGGCGAAUAGACUAUAUUUCUUUCACUAAACGGGGCUAAAUAUACCUAAAUUUACGAAUUAAAUGUUCAUAAUUAUAGAAGUAUUACAUAUUCAAUUUAUGGAACCAUUUUGUACCUACAUUUCCCCGAAUUCCAAGUCUACUUUCAUUCAAUAUGUAGAUCAAUUUAAACCUGCACAUAUCAUAGUAACAAAUAUAGUCGCCAUAGUAAUACAAUAUUUGAGUAUCAAUUGUUUAUUUUACUGGUGUUGUUGCAUGCUAAUAAACAAUUCAGAAGAGAUAAAUAAAAAUAAUAGGAUGUAUAAGUAUGUAUUAGACUUAAGAAUUUUGAAGCUUUCAGCCUAAUUAAGCCUAUAGUGUUAAUUUUUAGUAUUAUAGAGCAUGGUUAUAAAUUUUGCGAGAAAAUACGUUUGUAUAGGAUGUCUGAAAAAGUAUUCAAUUUCUUUAUAGUCUAUAUAGAAGAUCAAGCACAAAAAAUAUUUACCCGUUUACCAUUUCCAAAUAUUAUCACUACCCAUUUUAUUUCCGGACAUCCUGUAUAAUAUAAAUAUCCAUAAAUGGAUCAACAAUGGCAAAUUAAGACUUAUAGACACGUAAUUUACAUUUACUUACCAAAAAUUAUUAUGCAACAAUACCUUUAUUGCUUUAGUGAAAAUUCAUGGUGAAUUCGUGCAGGGUUCUCUCCUGAGAUAUAUUUUUUACAAAUUUAAGCUUUUUGUGAUUUAGUAUAAUCGGUGAUACAGGAAAGUUGCGAGAUCGGUUAAAAUUGUUGCAGAAUGUAUGCCUUCAAAUUAACAAUAUUUUUUAUACAGACUGUUUUCAAAAAUUUUCAAAUGUAUUUAAACAGUCUGUAUUGACAACAUUGUUGAGGUUCUUCUACUGCAGAUAUAUGUAUACUGUUGCUGGUGACUUUUCUCGAAAAUCUUAUUAAAACGAAGAAAUAUUUAAAUAUACUUUAUAUUAUUUACCGAUUUAAACUAUUCGUGUAAAUACUGACAGGGUGUUUGUUGUGUUCUAAUU